UUCUUUAAUCCCCCAACUGCUUCGUUUGUAUAAACAAAACGUCAAGUCCCUUUCUCCAUUCAUUUCAAAAAAUUUCAUUGUGAGUAGUUAGAUUCAACUCUUUCCCCUUCUUCCCUUUCCUCACCCUCUGAAUUCUUCCUCCAUCUCAAACAAUUCUUAACAAAACCCUUUUUUCCAUUUGUGGUGAUGCAAAUUUCCAUCUCCAAAUGGCAUCUUCCAGUUGGUUAUAUAUUGGAUUAGGCAUAAUUUUAGGGUUCCUCUUCUUAGGCAUACUUGCAGAGCUUUACUAUCUUCUAUGGCGGAAGAAAAAAAGAAUCAACAACAAUCCAGAGGUUGAAGACAACCACUUCACUAAACAACCCUCCCUUCACUUAAUUCCCUCCGAAACCAGAAACCCACCUGAGAACCGCCGUGGAUUCGACCUUGAACUCGGCUCUGGCGAGGAUUCGUUGCUGAAGACGACGGCGACAGAGGAAGAAGAUGAUGAAGAAGAAACAGAGGACGAUUUAGAGCUACAGGGGAUUUACAAUCUUGCAGGACAACCGAGAUUUUUAUUCACAAUCAAUGAAGAAACAAAGGAAGAUUUGGAAUCAGAAGAUGGGAAAUCGAGAAAAGGGUCAAGAAAUAGAAGUUUGAGUGAUAUAAUUGCAGCAAUUGACACUCCUUUUUUCACUCCCAUGGCUUCUCCGCCAUUGAAGGCUUCUCCUCUGAGUUCUUUAGAGUCUUACAAUUAUAAACUCCAUGGAUUCAAUCCUUUGUUUGAAUCUUCAGAUGAAUUGGAGCAGAAUUUGAAGAGGUUGAGAUCUUCACCUCCACCAAAGUUCAAAUUUCUUAGAGAUGCAGAGGAGAAACUGUACAGAAGAUUAAUGGAAGAAGCUCAGAAAAAAACAGAGGUUUCUAAAAAUGAACAGAGAAAGGGAAUUAAUAAUAAUAAUCAAAGGUUUCUUUAUUCUUCAAGCUCUUCUCAGGUAAAAUUUACGUAAAUAUAUAGUUUUGAUUAAGUUUUGGAUGAUGAUCUUGUUCCCUGUUUCUUCAAGCAUUGUGACUGCCACAAUUGAUAAGGUGAGUUUUUUAUUUAUUUUUAUUUUUUUAAUUAAUUUUAAUUUGUAAUUUUUAUAAAUCUUAUUGAAGUGAAUAGGUUUGUUAAUUACCUGGACUAAGCUUUUACUAAAGUGUGAAUUGAUCUGUGCUUCACCUACUAAAGUGUGUAUUUUGAAAAGAAAAGUUUUGGUUACAUUGAAAUUUUAGUCUCUAAA